CGCAACCGCCUGCCAAACCUGUACGAAGUCUUGAGUCGCCAGACAAAACCACCGGUCGAUUUGUUCAGCUUCUACAUCUACAUGCGCGAUGCCCAACGCAGCGUCGACUAUCUCGAUUUCUGGCUGGACGUAUCACAACAUAUGUCGCUCUGCCGACACUAUGUCCGUGGUCUUCACCGCAGUGUGCUAGCAGAAACACCCGAGCUGGAGAAGAGUGGCAGCAAGCGCAGUUCGCAAGUUCUGGACCAAUACGAUGAUAGCGUCAUGGCCGGACCCAGCGCUGCUGACAAGGACACGCGUGUCUCUGCCUUCUUGCGCGGCGACAAUGGCAGUAUGCACUCGCCGAGCCAAUCCCUUGGUAGCAACAACUUCGACCACCAGAACUCCCGCCGUAGCAUGGUCGACAGCACUCAAGACACCAGCCCCUACACACAGGAUCAGUCUCCUGCCGGUACUACCGUUUCCAGACAAGAUAUUCGUGCUAGUGCCGAGAAGAUCUUAUACACCUAUCUGCUGCAAGGAUCGGAACGCGAGAUUAUCAUUCCCGUCGGCAUCCUUGAGCAAGUCACCGACUCGAUUGAGAACCAAGGUCGCGACGACCCAGAAGUCUUCGACAACGCAAAAGACUAUGUUUUCCAGGCCAUGGAACGUGAUGCCUUCCCUGGCUUCCUCCGCGCAAAGGCUCUGGGCAACAUAGUACAGCCCAGCAUGAUGUUGAGGUUGGUCGUUGGUCUGGUCGCUUUGUUUGCUGCCAUCUGGACGGCAUUUGUCCUUAUCUUCCUCGACAUGAGUAGAAGCACAAGAUGCUGGGUAUGUCAAAUCGGCUCUCAUCUCUCGACGNUCAUCUUGCCCUUCACCAUUGCCAUCUACUUCCUCGUCUCACACCAAUACAUGCUCGACCCUAUUCAAGCGCUUCUUGGCUACUCGGAAUACACCUUUGCCAAUUACUUCCAGGUCAAGGAGAACUUUGUCCAUCGUCUACNNCUGACGCGCCGCGCCAUGAUGUGUCUUAUGUGGAUUGCCAUCAUUGAUGCCGCCGUCUGUUGUCUCUUCAUCUUCGUCCCCGGCAAGAGACUGUGA